AUGAAACAAGAUGAAAUCUCAGAUGAAGAAAAAACAUUGCUUGGACUAAAUGCAAAGCCUAAUAAGUCACAUACUAAAGAAAAACAAAGUAAAACAGUAUCUGCAAAUAUGGAGAUUUGCUAUGACAAGACAGUCAUUCUGACAACUGAUUAUGGUAAAAAGGUGCAAGAAAGUAACCAAAUCGCUGAAAAGUUUUCUCAAGUAGUAUCAAGAACGGAAUCAGCACAAAUAAAAUUAAGGCUAAACUAA